AUGGAAACUUUAACGACUAAUGAUCCAUCAAUGGAGUUAAUGACUGAUAAUUUAAAUUUAGUAGUGAAAUGGAAUAGUAAAGAAUACGAUGUAGGACCAUUACUUGGAGAAGAAACAGUCGGAAAUUUAAAAGAUAUAAUAUUUCACAAAACAGGUGUAAGACCUGAGAGGCAGAAAUUAUUGAAUUUAAAAUUUAAAGGAAAAAUGCCAGAGAAUGAUUGUAAAGUGUCUGAGCUCCAACUUAAAUCUGGAUUUAAAAUUAUGAUGAUGGGCUCUUUAGAAGAAGCCAUAGCUGAUGCUAAUAAAAUACCAGAUGAUCUUCCUGAAGUGAUAGAUGAUUUUGAUAUCGAGGAAGGUGAAGAAGUUGCAAUAGAAAACAAAGAAGUAUAUUUAGCCAAAAUAGAACGACGAGUGAAAGAAUAUCAAAUAAAAGUACUUAAUGACCCACGACCUGGUAAGAAAUUGUUAGUGUUAGAUAUUGACUAUACCCUUUUCGAUCAUCGCUCAGUUGCUGAAAGGGGUUAUGAACUGAUGAGACCAUAUCUCCAUGAAUUCCUCAGUUCAGCAUACAGAGAUUAUGACAUUGCAAUAUGGUCUGCAACAAGUAUGAAAUGGAUUGAAGAAAAAAUGAAGCUUCUUGGUGUAUCAAGUCAUUCUGAAUACAAAAUUGUAUUUUAUUUAGACUGUUUAGCUAUGAUCUCAGUUCAUACACCAAAAUAUGGAGUGAUUCAGGUAAAGCCUCUUGGAGUAAUUUGGGGAAAAUUUGACCAGUAUAAGCCAUCCAAUACUUUAAUGUUUGAUGACAUUCGCAGAAAUUUUCUCAUGAACCCACAAAAUGGUUUAAAAAUAAAAGCAUUUAAACAAGCUCAUAUAAAUAGAUCUACAGAUAGAGAACUGCCUCGAUUAGCUAGGUACCUUGAAGCUAUUGCAUCAUUAGAGGAUCUGAGUCAACUUAAUCAUAAACACUGGGAACGCUUCCUUAGUCAACGUAGGAGAAAGGAAAGGAAAAAAAGAAGAGGAGAACAAUCGAGCAGUAAAGAUGCUUCUGAGCCAUAA